ACAACAUUUUCCUGCCCAUGUUUGGUUGGUUUCACUCAAACUUUACAGAAAACAAAAUGGAUGCAUCAAUUCUGGUUGAACUUCUGAGGCACAUGCAAGAUUUGGUGAUCAGCGAAGUGAAUUUCCUGGGGGGAGUGAGCAGCAAAGUCGAGCAAAUUCAAGCGGAGCUGAACCGGCUAAGGUGCUUCCUAGAAGAGAUAGAUGCAAAGCGAGACGAGGAUGAGAUGCUUCACAACUGGGUUUUAGACAUCACAGAACUUCUAUACGAUAUAGAUAACGUUCUCGACGCUUUCUAUCUGAAAAUUCCUGUGAAAAGGGAAGGGGAUGUGUUCAAAAGAUAUGCUUGCAUAUGGAAAGAAGGCAUAGAUCUUCACACUAUCGGUUCCAGGGUCGAGGAAAUCAAGACGCAAAUAGCUGACCUGAUAAAACGCUUUCUGCAAUUCUCCAGUCUCAGGGCGCUGUCAAGGCUGGAGAAUUCAUCCUCGACGUCUGAGAGACAGAACCACCCCUGGCUGAGGAGGUCGUACUCUCACCUCGUUGAGGAGGAUCUGGUUGGGCUGGAGGACGACAUGAAGGAGCUCGUGGGGUGCCUGGUGACCGAGGAGAAAGAUCAGUGCCCCCGGGUGAUUGCCAUCUGUGGAAUUGGCGGUCUAGGCAAGACAACGCUCGCCAGAAAGAUAUUCCACCAUGGGGAGACCCGCAAUCACUUCCAGGCUUUCGCCUGGGCGUGCAUAUCUCAUCAGUGGCAAGAAAAGGACACCCUGCAGGGAAUCCUCACAAAGCUCGAGCCCGAGAGGAAGCAGGAGUUCGAGCGCUCGAGCUACGAGGAACUAGUCAAGGAGCUUCACCAAUUGCAGCAGCGCAAGAGAUGCCUGGUGGUGCUGGACGAUGUUUGGUCAACCAAUUUCUGGGACAGCGUAGUAUCCGCGUUUCCUACAGGAAGAACGGGAAGCAAGAUACUGGUCACAACACGCAAUAGAGAUGUAUGUACACACAUUGAUCCAUCGUGUUUUCUUCAUGAACUAAGAUAUUUAAACAACAAGGAAAGCUGGGAACUUUUUCAGAAAAAAGCAUUUCCAAGAAAACAUCCUGCAGAUAUAAAAAUGGACAAGGAGAAGGAGAAGCUAGGAAGACAGAUGGUUGGGCAGUGCAGAGGAUUGCCGCUAGCAAUCAUUGUGCUAGGGGGGCUGCUGGCAACAAAACCAACUUCGGGAGAAUGGACGAAAGUCCAUCAAAAUCUAAGCUUACAUUUAAGCGGGGUUAAAAGUGCUGGACAAUAUGGGGGAGUUUAUGAGGUCUUGGCUUUAAGCUAUAACAACUUAUCGUAUAGGUUGAAGCAGUGUUUUUUGUAUUUGGGGAAUUUCCCGGAGGAUUAUGAAGUACCCACACAAAAAUUGUAUCAGCUGUGGGGAGCCGAAGGUUUUAUACCAGUGGAAAUACGCCAAGGAGAUGCAGAAGAGACAAUGAUGGAUGUAGCCGAACAGUGCCUAGGCGAGCUAGCGCAGAGGUGCAUGGUGGAUGUGCAGGUGGAGGAAACGACGGGGAGGUUUAAGAAGUGUCAACUUCAUGACCUAAUGCGGGAGCUCUGCUUGUCAAAGGUCGAGGAAGAAAAUUUCCUCACUAUAAUCCCUGCUCAUCGUCGAAACUCACCUGCACUUCUCCCUCACCAUUUGAGGAAAGUUUUUUCACCCUGGGGAACUGCACGCUCAAUUCGCAGACUUUCUGCCACUGUGGAAUCAGAUUUUGAUGAGCACUUUCAUCCCGGAGAAGGGGCAUUCGGGCAAAUUAGAUCAGCAUUGUUCUAUUCUAGACUUCCAUACAGACAGUCUUUUCAGCAUCAACUAGCCUUGGUUUGCAGUAACUUCAAACUGCUAAGAGUUUUGGACCUCGAAAAGUUCUCUUUUGACCAGAAACUGCCUAAAGGAAUUGGGAACUUAGUCCAUCUAAGAUACUUAAGCUUAAGGGAUUCACAUUUUCAGAAACUGCCCUCCUCCAUUAGCAACUUAAAGUUGCUACAGACAUUGGAUUUACGGGCGUAUUACUUUGCGUAUCUGCCUAUUCCCAAUGUCAUAAGGAAACUACAGAACCUGAGGCACUUGUAUCUCCCUCCUUCUCACCAGAAAACAUAUAGUUUGCAGUUGGAUAGCUUAAGCAAGUUGGAAAUACUAAAAAAUUACGACACACAAGUCGCUCAUUUUAGAGAUCUCCCCAAACUGACCCGACUUCAAACACUGUCAGCAACAUUCUCACUCGAACAGGAGGAGAUGGAAGCCAUAAUCAACUAUUUAAGUCGCACCAAAAAUCCCCUGAGGCACUCCUCCCUCCGAAUUUACUAUAGAUUCUUUUCGGAAAAGGAUCUUUCUCUUCUAACACAAUUGGUAGGGUGUCAUCAUCUUAACACAUUGGAUCUAAUUGGGUAUAUCAACUACCUACCAGACUUUUGUCACUUCUCUCAGAACCUCACAAAGUUAACCUUGAGAAAGAGCGAACUUGAGGAAGAUCCAAUGGCCAUUCUCGAGAAGCUGCCAAAAUUGGACACCCUGUCGUUACGAGGCAAUGUGUUCAGUGGGAAGAACAUGUGUUGCUCUCGACAUGGUUUCCCUAAACUCAAAACUCUUAGGAUUCAGGGGUUGCCGAAUUUAGAGAGUUGGGAGGUGGAAGAAGGAUCCAUGCCGACUCUUCUUCACUUGGAGAUUGAUAAAUGUGAGAAACUGAAGAAGAUUCCGUGUGGGUUGAAAUUUAUUAGCACAAUUGAGAAGCUGGUGAUAGCAAACAUGCCCAAAGAUUUCAAAAGAAGGCUUCAUUCGGAAGAAGGAGGAGAGGAUUUAUGCAAAGUUAAACACAUUCCUUGCAUAAGAGUUUUUGACACAGGGAGUCAUCGUUUCAAUACUGAACCAGUAAUACAACUCUCAGGAGGGCAAAUUCUUUCUGGAUUAUUUCAAACCAUCUACCCAUCUUUGGUACCAAAGUCAUGGAAGAGUGUAUGAACUAUGAAGAAACCAGAAGGCAUGAGUGGUACAUGCUUUGAAGCAAAUGGAAACAACACCACUGCCAAAGCUUCAACCACUGUUAGAUGUAAAGGUAAAACUUAUUGGGACACAAAAUAUAGUAGCAGUUGUAAUAAGCUUAGUUUUUUCUCCUGAAAUCAGAUUCUAUCUAGCAUAGUGGAGCUUUCUUUGUAAUUAAUUGAUAUCUAUUGCUUUCAAAACCUUGAUAAACUUUUGGUUGUUUGGUUGAAUGGGGGAAUCAAAACCAAAAUGGGUAUCAAAACUUAAGGAA